AAAAUUACGAAAAGAUCUCAUUUUCCAAAAUUAUGCCAGAAAAUAAUCGCAUCUUAAAUUAAAUUUAAUACGCGAACAAAGCAAAUUUCAUUUUAACGGCGUUUAACAACAAAAACGUAAAUAAUAAAUAUUCAAUUUUGAACUUGAGUUAUCAUCUUAAAAUUCGCAACAACCAGGAAAUAAUUUUGUGACACGUUACUUUCAUCGACGGGAUUGCGACACAAUUUGCAUAUCUCGUAAAAAUUGUGACUUCUUGAUAAAAUACGUAAUUCUGACUUUUAAAUUGGAAUCUAAAAUUACAAACAUUUUUGAUUCAAACAACGAUUUCUAAUUGUGAACAAAUAAAAACAAAAAUAACUUUUGCCCCAUCAAUUAAAAAUGUGCGAUUACAAGUAAACAAGCUAAUUUAAUCCUAAAAUGACGGAUUUGAUAAAUUCAUUAAAAAGUUUUGCCUACGCGUCUGGAGCGAUCAAUUGCGAUCGGAGACAUUCCUCAGGACAAUUGAGGAUAAUUCCACUAUUGAAUUUGACCGGGGUGGGAGGAGGCGGGGGACGGACGCCGAAUGAUAACGGAUUUUCACAAUGGAGAGACGCCAUGCGAAUGGUGGCACGACUUCCGGGCGGACUUCCGGUCGAAUUUAGACUCAAGCUGUGGGAAAACCUGUCAGAAAAGUACUUGUACGAGAAGGGGAUCCCCUGGUCACGUGUUCUCGCAAAGUCGGCCACACCCACGAGCAGAGAUGUCGAAAUAGCGGAUCAGAUUCACAAGGACCUCCACCGCACGGGCUGUACAGGAUUUAGUGGAGCCAAACAAGUAAAACUAAAGUCUGUCUUGGUCGCUUAUGGGCGUUGGAAUCCUAGCGUCGGUUACUGUCAAGGAUUCAAUAUGAUUGGCGCCAUGCUAUUAGAAAUGACGGGGGGAGAUGAGACGCUCACCCUCAAAGUGCUUAUCUUCUUGAUUGAAGGGGUGCUCCCUCAAGGAUACUUUAGCGGGGGUUUGCGUGGUUUGGCGGUGGACAUGGCGGUGUUUGGGGAGAUUUUGCGGAUGCGUAAGCCCAGCCUGCACGCGCAGUUGUGUCGUUUGCAAGGGGGGGAGGAGCAGCCCCCACUCAUCGACGUCUUCACCAUGCACUGGUUCCUCACCCUCUUCAUCCACUGUCUCCCCACCCCCUCCGUCCUCAGGAUUUGGGAUCUCGUACUAUUGGAAGGUUCGGAAGUCCUCUUAAGAACGGCACUAGUUUUGUGGGCAGCUAUUGAAACGCGGAUUUUGGAGGUUCGGAGCGCUGACCAAUUUUACUCCGUGAUGGGCGCCGUGACCAAAGAAAUGCUCGAAUUCGGCCUCAUGGACCCAAACUCUCUCGUCAAAUGCGUCGUGAGCGUGGGUCCAUUUCCGUUUCCCGGCCUGGUCGCGUUGCGCCAAAAACAUCGCGCCCUGAUCCAGCAGGACGCGCCCUACAAGUCAUUCUUCCUCGCAAAACGUGAACUCGACAAUUUGAAAAAGCACUACGCCGCAAUUCGCCAUCGACAAAAGGCGACCACCAUCAUCCUCAAGGGUUUGGAAACCACUCGGAUAAAAGUUCCUGGCCAGAGGUCCAACUCGCUCUUCAUCCCGACCACGAAGAAGACCACGGUUUCACCCCGACCUAAAUUUCGACGGGGGUCGAGCGGUGCGUCGAACGCGGGGAAUGCGACCACGACCGCGACGACACCACAACAAGGCGCAAAGGGAGCCCUCACACCGAGCAACAAUAACAAGACCAACACUCGCGCCACACAGCACAACGUGAUCAACAACAAUAAUCGACAAGGCGUCAUGACCGUGACGAAUCGAAAUAACGUUACGAACAGUAAUGUCAAUCGGCAUCAUGGAAAAAUGGCACAGGUUACCCAAACCUGGGACAAGACUUCGUCUUCUUCAUUGGCAUCAAAAGCAGGGAAAACGUUCCGUCGUCGCCGGACGCUUUCCUCCUCCUCCGUCGCCACGAGUUCUUCCUCCUCCACGGAAUUAUGCGACUCCUCCGACGACGAGAAAAGUGACCGCGGCGAGAAAACAGCAUCCUCGUCGUCCUCCUCCUCCGAAGGCGUCUGGUCCGACUCGGACAACAAAUGGGUCAAGAAGAAAAUCAAGGUCAAAAAAGGUCACAAGUCACAACAUCAACUUUCCCUCGAAAAGUGGGAACGCCUCGGACCCAUGACCCCACUUCUGGGUCAAGGAGGUCAGGAUUCCUCUAAGGAAAACGAAACGCCCCCUGAAAGCGAUGCGUUGGCGACGAAAUCGCCAAAAAACGAGGAAAACUUUUCAAUUUUCGAAAUGGGCGAUCUUCCCAGUCCAAGUUCCCCACAGAGCGACCCCGGCGCCACGAACGGUGACAAUGGCCCCAUCUUAUCAAGAUCAUCGUCAAUCAUCGACACGAACGAUUCACAACAUUUUCUCGAAGAAAUGUCGAAAUUGGGGAAAAGUGAUAAAUUCUAUGAAAAUCUAUCUAAACGAAUUUGUGAAUUGCAAUUUCAAAAUUUGAAAACUUUGAGCACCUGCAACACCGUAAUUGACCCAAAGUCUUUAGCCCUCCCGCCAUUUCCUAGGUCGCCCCUGGCCUCCCCGAUUAGCCAUUUCCCACCCACCGCGGGAGGUAUCGAAAACUUCAAUUUGCUCAAGAUUUCCCCACGUGGAUCGACAUCCGGGGGCGAUUGUUCCCCCGUGGCCACACCGGGUUGGAAAACUCCCAGUUCGCCAAACCCGCCACCUAUCACGAUUUCGAGGAAAACGUCGAAAUCUUCCAUGUCAAGCGUGGACAAUCCCCUGAGCAGUCUCGACAUUCCAGACAUCUGCGUCGUCGGAGAAGUCACGGAGACAAAAGUCAAGAGAAGUUCGAGGCAUCGUAGCAGCCAUUCACAAUCCUGUCCAGGGUCAGUUUCACCGACAGAUCUGGGUUUGAACUUCCCGCCAACGCCGGUCCCAUCCCCGCCCGUACUUCUAGCACCGCUCGAGUUUCCAGAAUCCGCAUCAAUCGCGGAAGGUACGUCACUUUUAAGCCCGCAAGUCACAGAACCAUCGUCCCCACAGAAGAACACUUCGUCCACGGAAAAUAGCCUAAUUUCACCAAAAUCCCCGAAUCUUGGGAGUAAAAGAAAACUAUUUUUGCGGUCGGCAUCCCCAGUUCCGCUGGACGAAGAUUUUCUCUGCGUCGAUUCGGCCGCAGAUUCGGCCGCAUUUCUUUUCCCGUCGAGUGACGAUCCCACCGCGGCGGAAGAAUCGACGAGUCCCGCAUUUCCGGUCGCACUUUGUCCCACCCAAUUCACGUCGGAUGGACAGGAAGAGUCGCUGACCUCGAGUGACCUUCCGAGCGAGGAGGAAAUCAAGAUUAAUGCCGUCAUCAGGGAAAACAUCGCCAUCUUGCAGCGCCUCAAGCUAAAAUCUGGGGCGUAUUUGGAUGGCUACGACGACGAAGAGGAGGAGGACGAUGAUAGCUACGAGGAAAUUGAGGACGACGAGAGUGGGAGUGGCGGAAGGAGGUCGGGUUCAUUGGGGUCCGAGGAUAGAGAUUCCGGAGUUGUCCCCACGUCCUCGAAGACGUUCCUGGUGAAAGAUCGACUUUCUUCCGUUUCGUCGAACGGAUCGAGUCGGAGCGGGUCUCGGAGUGGGAAGCGGCGGUGCAACGGGUGUGGCGGGCGACGGCUUUCUCGCGGAAACAGCAUUGGCUCCACGUGCAGUGCCGCGCCCAAAAGCGGUGGGUGCGGCACAACGGCUGGGUUCGGGUUUAACCCCUUCCCAACGGUUAGAAAGGCACGAUUGAGAGUUACCAAAUAUGGACUUUACAACUAAACGACCUAAUUCGCUUCGCCAACUUUGUAGCUUUGUAAACUUCGCAAAAUUCGUAUAAAUUUCACAAGGUUUAUAACUGUAUCACAUACUUAAAAAUAUGCAAACAUGCUUUGUAACUGUGUAAAAUUCAAGUUAUUGUAAACGCAUAGGCUUCACAAAAUUUGAUAAAAUGUUCGUAAUUCUGAUAGCUUCUAUUAAGCAAAUUUGACAUGGAAGGAAGUUGAAAUAUGCCAAGCUUACGAAAUUUAUACGCGUGACUAAUUUAAGGAUAAUCAGUACUUAUUUACCCAAUGAAUCACAUUUGUAAAUAUGAUGAGAUUUGGAACCGCAAAGAUUUCCGUUAAAAUAAAAUACAAAAUCAACAAUUUGUUGGUUUAGCUGAAAUUUUAUCAGUAUUUAACGAAACUUUUAAUGUCGUAAAUUCCAGGAAUUUUUGGAUUGGAAUGAUUUACACGUCGUUUUCAGAUAUUUAAUUUGCCAAGAGUUAGUACAAGUUAAGUGAGUUAAUGCUUGAUUUGGGACUGAAAGAUUACAAAAUUUCCCAACCCAAUUUAAAAGUAUUUCAAAACUUCAGAAAUUAUAAUUUAUUCGGUGGGAUGAUCUACCUCAGCGGUAGACGUAGAGCUUCGUUGACCAUUUGCUACCACUUCAUUUUGAGAGUGAGUAGAUUUAAGAUUUAAAUUAAAUCAUUUAAUACCAUAAAAAUGAUUCCAUAGUUGGCGAUAAACCGCAAGUGAGACUAAUUAAGUAGACAAUUAUGUAAUACUAUCAACUAAUUACAAAUGAUAAUGCCGAAAUGAGGUACUAAUUGCACAAAAAUUAUAAGUAGAGUAGAAAAAUCAAUUCUGUAAUGACUCUACCGAGUUUUCUACCAUUCGGUAGUAAAAGCUGUAAAUAUUGGUCAGGAUGACAUUAAUUAGUGCUAAAUGAUUGAUAACUGAAACAAUAUGACUGACUUAAAAUUAAUAUUUCUAAUUUCGUAUGUCUGAACAAACCAGAAAUUACGUCGUAAUUAAGGGAUUGCACAUAAAAGAUGUGAUCUAAGCGUUUAUCAUUCGGGUCACCGCAAGGUCACUGAAAGAUUGUGGAUCAAAUUUCACCCAAGAUUGAUCACAUCCUUUAUGUAAAGUUCCUUUUUAAAUUCUGUUGUUAAUUGGCCUCACAGUGAGGCCCUCACUGUUAGUUAAUUAAAAUGAAAACAAAUGCACAAUGUACGUAUGUAGUAAUGUAACGACCUGAAGUCCUGCCAUUUACAGAUAAGAAACCCUAACUGUUAAAUAAUCAUAUAUGCAACUAUCAUGAAACUAGUUGAGACUAAAAUUUAAAUUAAACCGUGAAAUUCUUGUUGUGAAAAUUCGUAAAAACUAUAAAAUUGAACUUAAAUUCUAAAAUACUGAAAUAGAAAAUAUAAAUAGAAAUAUGUGGUGAAAUAAACGAUAUCUGAGCUAGAUGGGAAA